AUGGCAAGCCCAAUGACGCCGUCCCAUGUUGUUAUUGCCUAUGAUGCGACCAGGGACAGGGGUGAGCUGGAGUUUAAGCUCACUGUCGAUAGUCUUCGAAUGAGGGGUGACAUUUUACAUUCAGGAGAUACCAUCAUUUUCCUGGGCGUCUUGCACAGGGUGGUUCACCCCAUGGGAUAUCAUUCAAAACCAUCCCCAGAAUUUUUUGGAACAAGCAUUCGUGCAGUGGAGGAAGAAGUUACAAAGAAAGUUGACAUGUAUGUUAACAUGCUUCUUCAAAGUGCGGAAAAGUGUGAAGAUCAAGGGGUCAGCGUUGAAGUCAAAGUUACUGCUGGUUUUCCCAUUAAACAGGUUAUUUUGCAAGAGAUUAUGGCCUGUAAUGCAGCUUGGGUUGUGCUUGAUAGGCACCUUAGACGGGAUUUGAGGUUCUACCUUAAGCAGGUACCGUGCAAGGUUGCAAUAAUUCAAGAUAGCUUGGCUGUGGAUAUUGUGAGACCUCAUACAACAGAUGAUACUGAUACUAUAGAACACAAAUUGUUUUAUUCAUUAUCCAAGCCUGUUCCGCCAUUCACUUGUCCAGGUAAUGGAAACAAUGAGCACUCAUCCAUCGGUUGCCGAAGCUACUCUGUAUCCGUUGGUGCACUGGAAAGCUCUGAUAUGCUUAAUACCAACUUGAUGACUUCAUCCACAUUUAAGCUACGAGACUAUAGUCCUUUGUUGGAUCUAGCGUCUUCCUCUAAGCAGGAAAAUUCAGGUGCAAAAACCAAAGGAGACAAUAAACACUCCAUUGUUCCCCAAAUCAACCAGAAACAAGAUAAAAAUGUCUUCCAACACCGAUCUUCAGAGGCCCCAAUUCUUUGUUCCAUCUGCGGAACAAGGACUGAAAUGUAUAUCAAAGAUUCUAUGACAUUCAGCUACUCAGAGAUACAGCUAGCAACAAAUGAUUUUUCAAAGGAAAACUUAUUAGGAGAAGGUGGAUACGGUCAUGUGUAUAAAGGUGAGCUCAAGGACGGACAGCAGAUUGCAGCAAAGGUGCGGAAAGAAGCAAGUCAACAAGGCUUUACAGAAUUUCACUCUGAGGUCUAUGUCUUAAGUUUUGCACGCCACAAGAACAUAGUCAUGCUGUUGGGCUAUUGUUGCAAGGAGAAUCUAAAUAUCUUGGUUUAUGAAUAUAUUUGCAACAACUCUCUUGAGUGGCACUUAUUUGAUGAUAACGCAGCAGUCCUCGAAUGGCACCAAAGGCAUGCUAUCGCCAUUGGAACUGCAAAAGGAUUGCGUUUCCUGCAUGAAGAAUGUCGUGGAGGUCCUAUAAUUCAUCGAGACAUGCGACCAAGCAAUAUACUUCUUACACACGAUUAUGUUCCCAUGUUAGGUGAUUUUGGCCUAGCCAAAUGGAAGAUGAGUGAUGAUCCUGUGCAGACAAGGAUACUUGGCACAUUAGGGUACCUUGCUCCAGAGUAUGCAGAGAAUGGUAUUGUUUCUGUACGGACAGAUGUAUAUUCAUUUGGCAUGGUUCUGUUACAACUAAUAUCCGGACGCAAGAUUAUUGAUUCAAAACAGAAAGAAAAAGAUGAAUCCCUACGGCAGUGGGCAGAACCAAUAAUCCAGAGGCUAGCACUACAUGAACUCAUUGAUCGUCGUAUUGGAGAUUCAUAUGACACAUAUGAAGUGUACCUUAUGGCUAAAGCUGCAUACUUAUGUGUGCAAAGAAGCCCUGAAAUGCGUCCAUCAAUGGGAGAGGUUGUCCGCAUUCUUGAAGGCGAAAAUGACCAUUUCCACCACCUAGGAGAGCACUUUGUACCUCAUUAUACAAAGUGAAGGAUACAACGACACAGUUUAUUUUCUUUCGCAGAUGUUUUCGUACCAUUUUGAAGGGAAAUGCGACCAUUUCUACAUCCUAGGAUAGCAAAUCUAUCCGGAGGAAGACAAUGGCACACCUUGCUUUCAUUUGACAGCUGAUGGUUUUGUUUUUUCAGUUUUCCGUGGAAAUGGUUGUAUCUUCUCAUGUGGUUUUGUCAUUCUCCUCUUUAAGGGCCAAGUGGUUUUGGUUUUUUUAUUUUCUUGGUUUUGGACAAAGGAGGCAUUGUUUAUAAGGCUUUGAAAAUGUAAACAAGUAGUA